CACAAAAUUUCAAAAAGGUUCGGCUUUCUCCUUUGUUUCUCUUCCUUUGCCAGUGAGUUAAAACUUGAGAAUCAAGAGAGUGACUACUGAUCCGCGAUAACGACUAGUUCCGUGUAAUGGCGGCCUCCGUCGCACACGGCGGUACUCUCACUGCGCACGACCGCCAGAUUCUGACGGCGGUGAACGCCGGAGCGUCGAGCCUGUCGUUGGCCGGUUCCACCUUCAUUGUACUCUGCUACCUUCUCUUCAAGGAGCUUCGCAAGUUCUCCUUCAAGCUUGUUUUCUACCUCGCUCUCGCUGAUAUGCUUUGCAGUUUCUUCAGCAUAAUAGGGGACCCGUUCAAAGGUUUAUUUUGUUAUGCUCAGGGCUAUAGCACACAUUUCUUUUGUGUGGCAUCUUUUCUAUGGACUACAACAAUUGCUUUUACCCUGCACCGCACUGUUGUAAAACACAAAACUGAUGUUGAAGAUUUAGAGGCCAUGUUUCACUUGUUUGUCUGGGGUACUUCCUUGGUUAUGACUGUUAUGCGCUCUAUCGGUAAUGACCAUAGACAUUUAGGUGCAUGGUGUUGGACUCAAACAGGUCGCACAGGGAAGGCGGUUCAUUUUGUAACAUUUUACAUGCCACUCUGGGGUGCAAUUCUGUAUAAUGGGUUCACAUACUUUCAAGUAAUUCGCAUGCUGAAUAAUGCAACCCGUAUGGCGGUUGGUAUGUCAAGCCAAACUUUCGUGUCAGAUACAAGAGAUAACAUGAGGGCUCUGAAUCGCUGGGGAUACUAUCCACUAAUUCUGAUUGGAUCAUGGGCUUUUGGAACUAUUAACCGUAUUCAUGAUUUUUUUGAACCCAACCAUAAAAUCUUUUGGCUCACAUUUCUUGAUGUUGGAACAGCUGCUCUUAUGGUAUCAGCAAGGCCUCUUCAACUCAAUUGCUUAUGGUCUCAACUCUUCUGUACGUCGGGCAAUUUGUGAAAGACUGGACAAGUUCUGGCCUGAGAGAUUAUCCAGAUGGCUCCCUAACAAUUUGAAGUAUAAGAAUCUACAGCAAGAAAGUGAACUAGUUUUGUUCAAAACGGAAGAAGAUCAAUAACAGUGAAUGGGACAUAUUGUGAUCCUUCAUACCAUGUGACAUUUCUUAUUCUAGUUUACUGAGAGGCUGUUUUUAUAGACAACGUAUGAUCUGCGGGCAGCAAAGAUUCCAGGCUGUUUGUUGCUCUGCUGCUUCAAUUAUGUGAACCCUGGCAUUCGUCACUGAAUUUAUGGUGCUGGUGAUCCUUUUCUAGCAUAUCACAGGAUGGAAAACUUAAUUUGGAACCUGCUUCAGCUAGUUGAGACUUCUUGGGACUACAGAAAAUGCUUUUAUCGUUUUAGCAAGUCUCAAACUCUCAUGUGAUUUAUCUUUAAGAAGUCUUGACACAUAGGAUCACUGUAUGUAUAGGUUAGAUGCACUUACAGAUUGUUUCAAAUUGCUGAACAUUUUUCCCCCUAAAUUUGCUGUGUAUGUAGUCUCAACCUAUAAAGUAUUAAGUUUUAAACACAUGCCCAUCCAUAUCUUUUCUUUAUUCUUUUUUCCAUAUGUAUA